GGCGGCCCGUAACAACAGAUAUUGGCGAUACAAACUGUUUUGCAAUGCGUUAAAUCGCCACGUUGUGACGCGCUGUCACACGGGGUGUCGAGGAUCCUUAACGAUAUCAAUACAUUUCUUUAAAUAGUGUCGUAAUACGAUAUCUUUUUCUCGUAAUCACACGAUAUAAUUGUAUGCAAGAUUAUACCGUGUCUAUAUCGACCAAAGUGUAUAAAUAGAUGCUGCAUGUAGAAUUUGCAAUAAUCCUCCUUUUAUUUGUUUAAUUACAUCGGGAUCGUUAAUCCAAAUACUCCAAACGUAAACAUUGUCAACGUGAAGCUGCUGCUGUUACAAAGGGGGAAAAUGGGUGGAUCAGAAAGCAAGGGGUCCCCCGGGCCGCAGGUGUUUACUCAGACCGAGAUUCAGCAUCUUCAUUCUAAAUUUGACAAGUUAUUUAAAUCUCCACAGUCAUUUCAGGAUGGACUCGCUCCCCUGAGCACAGAUUUGAGCAAGAAUCUGUUCCAGUACAUAAACCACAUCCCGACACACCAGAGCAACCAAAAGCACAAGCAUGGAGUAACUCCUGAACAAUUCCAUGUGUUUGCUGCCCAUGCAUUGAAAGGAACUUUUGAGGAAAAGGCAACCAUCUUCUGUGGAAUGAAAAAUUCCACAGAUAUUACUAUGAAGGAUGUCUCUGAGGUGACGACAGGACUGUUGGAGGUGUACAAGCAUUACGUGACUCGUCUCCCCCACUGGAGGGGAAUCCAUACCAUGAGUAGUGGGGCCGAGGGAAAUCAGCGCUUUGUGUCCUACCUUACAAAGGGACUCACAGCCAGUGGAGAGAAUGAGAGGGUUACUGUCAGUGACAUAGAGACAUGGAUGUCUAAAACUCCUCACCUGAUGAACCUCUUUGAUACUGUGUUCUCAAGUCUAUUCCAGUUUCACUCUAUGAAUGAGAUUAUGGAAAACAUCCCUGCCAUGGUUCCUAUCCCGUUGUUUGAGGGGCACCGUGAUGAGGCAGUUUUGAGUGUCCUCGACUACAACUCUGUCUUGUAUCUGAACUAUAAUCUGCCCAGCAUGUACCAAACAGAGUGGCGAUUCCUGUUUAGUAAUUCAGUGUAUGGAGACAGCUUCUCCCAGCUGGUGGCUCACAUCACAAAUAAAGGCCCCACCCUCCUGGUGGUCAGGGACAAGAAGGGGCACCUCUUUGGAGGCAUGGCUGCAGACAACUGGGAAUGCAGGCCCAAAUUCUAUGGCUCUUCCUCCUGUUUCCUGUUUACACUGAAUCCUCACUAUGGAAUUUACACACCUACCAUGUAUAAUGAGAACUUCAUGUACCUUAAUCAAGGGCAGGCAACUCUUCUGAAUGGUCUGGGUAUGGGAGGACAGAUGGACUAUUUUGGGCUGUGGAUAGACAGCAGCUUUAACCACGGACACAGUAAAGCCAAGCCUAAGUGUACGACGUACGGCAGUCCCCAGCUCUCCGCAGAUCCCGAGUUUGAGGUGGACAUUAUUGAGGUGUGGGGCCUCGGGCCGGAGAAGAAAGAGGAGGAGGAUAGUGAUGAAGAAAAGGAGAAAAAUGUAAAGAAAAGCAUUCUUCAGCGAGACCCUGAAUCAAAAGCCAUGCUGGAGUUGAUGGGAAGAACCCAGGUCAGUGAGGGCUUCAAGGAACUUGACGAGGACGAGGAUCAGUCGGAGGAGAUGAAGAGGAAGAUGAACACCAUUCCCAAACUACUGUAAUACUAUCUAGUCAUCAAAAAAAUAAUGUAUCAGUUCGAGGAAAUGAAGAAAAAGAUGAAUUACCGUAGUCCUACUAGUCAUACAAAAAGCUUUAAAAAAACUGCUGCUAUUCCAAACCUCUGAUGUCAUACCUUGUCAUUGAAAUCCAAAAACAGCCACCAUUUCAAAAAUACACUUUUAAUAGUCAUUUCAACACCAGAAAAAACUAAUUUUCCAGAUCUAUUGACUUUGUGGUCAUCCUUCAAAUGUGUUUGAAAAACUGUGAUGGGGACGAUUAAUUUACGACACAUUUUUGAUCAGAAAAGUGGACCACUAUCUACUGCAGAAGUGAAUGAGAAAAUUGCUUGUGGAAUACUGCUACAUGCAUGUGUUAUCAUAAAAAUCUGUGAUACAAUACUGUACAUUUACUUAACAAUGAAGAAAAAAGGUGGUGAAAGGUUGUGUGAAUGUGAUAGGAUACAAUAUAUUCAAGUAUUGCUGCUUCUGAUUCAGUGAAAUUAUACAAAAGCCACCAUCCUGAAUUUUUGACUUAUUGUUGACAGUUUUGAAGUGUUGUUAACACAUGAUGCUUCCUGUAAUGCGUUGAAUUAUCAUGUCAACUGUUAUUGAAUGUAUAUUUACUAAUAUUUAAAAAAAAAUGGUGAAUUGUGCAUGUUAUUUAUCAGUAAAUGUUAGUGUACUGUUAAAAGGAUUGGUAAAUUCUGUACCUCAUUACCUGGUACUUGUAUAUUAACUUAUUUAUAUGGAACACUUGUAGGCAUAAUCUUGGUGCAGAAUUCCUUUUACAAAUAGUUAUGUGUAUUAAUUAUUAUAUCAUUAUAUCAUUUUAAAGAGACCUAGACAUGAUUUUAGAUCAAAAUUUCAUUUUUCAUUUUUAAUGUUUAAAAUUGUGUACUUGUGCAUUUUGAAUGAUUGACAAAAAAUUUAAUGUUAGAAGUCAAGUUAUAAGAGAGAUUCAGACAUAAUAAUUCAUUGUUAUGUAAACAAAGCUCGAGUCUUAUAUUUGUUUACAAAUAAUGCAAAGUACAGAAAUUACCAUUUCUUUGAUAUAAUGGCUCGUGCCAAAGAAGAUUAACUUAUUCAAUGUGCAUGAAUAAUAUUAUCAACAAAAGAGCAACAUUAGAUUGAAACACAUACCAAUAUUACAUAUAUGUAAACAAUAACAAGACUCGAGCUUUGUUUACAUAAUAAAGAAUUUCGAACUCUUUAUCUUGCUUGUUACUCAAUAUUUGACUUUCAAAUUUUGGCAAAUCAUUUAAAAUACCCAUAUUGACAAUUCUAGAUACUAAAAUUGGAAAAGUAAAAUUUGAAAAUUUUCAGCUCAAAUCGUGUCUAAAUCCCUUUAAUUAUUUCAAAGGCUUUUAACUAGUAAUAUGCAAACAAAGAGAGAGAGAGAGAGAAUUAUAUUAAAUGGAUAUAAUAAAACAUGACAAUAAUACAUUGUUGGUGAUACUCAGUCAGAUUACUGUAAGAGGAAGCUGUUCUGCACAGAGUCAUUGUGAUGUACAGUGUACAAACUGUACCAGUGUACAGACUGCACAAGUAUACUUUCAUUUAUUACUAAAUAUAAGUGAAAAAAGGCAAUUUUCGUGCAAUGUUUUGACAUGUUAUAGUACUUAUCAGUCAAUUAUAGGCAAUGUAAUAUGCGUUUAUGGUACUUAGAAUGUAUCAUGUUGAUGUAUAUUAAAAAUUUGUAAAAAAAUUUGUAACUUUUUAUUUAAUAUUUACAAAUGCAUAAAUAAAACACAUGAUUUGGUAAGUUGCAACAGGUGUAGAAGCCUAUAUGACAGCAUUUUUCUUUGGUUAAUAAAAUAACAUACAGAUUAUAGUAUAUAUUUAUGACUAAGGUUUUACAAUAAAAAAUGGGUUUAGACAAACAGGUAACCUAUCAAAUGACAAACAAUAGACAUAUCAAUUUAUUUUGUAAAAGUUAGGAAAAAACCUGGCACACACAUUCAGAUAAAGUGAAGAUGUUGUAUGAUACGGUAUAUAUACAGCAGUACAUGAGGUACCCAGUUUUUACAUGUACAAGUUAAAUGUGAAGUCUACUAGAUUACCAGUAAUCCAAUCAAUAUCGCUACUGGAAUCCACCUGUUUAAGAGUAUAAGACACUUAUUUUAAGAACAAUGAAGCAAGCAUGUAUUUUACUUCUUUUUUUUUGUUGUUACUUCAAUUUGUGUUUACUUAUCAGAUUUGAUGAAAUUAUUGUCAAAGUGUUAAUUUGAUAUGAAUAUAAAGAUAAAAAAUAUGUGCUGUGAUUUUGGCAUCAGCUUUAGCAAACUUUUAAU